AUGACGCCAGAUGAGCUGAUCUCAUUGAUCUCCAGCAAUACAUACAGCAAAGAACAACUUGGCAACAAACUCCACACUUACUUGAAGAAACGAAUGGGAAAGAUAGCCAAUCAGCCAGAGGUUGACGAGCUGUUCAAAUGGUACAAGGCACUGCCGAUUGAGUUCUUGGAUCACGUGCGAAUCAAUCACUUUGUUGAAUACUUUGGACAACUUCAGUUACAUAGUCAAGUGCGUGAGGCCAACGCCCUGUUUGAUACACACAAGAUACAGCGCAGCAUCAAGACAUACAUGCAUAUGUUCAAUUACUUUGCGACAAUCGACAAACCCGAACCAGAGGACUUGGAAACAGUGCGCAACUAUCUACGCUUAGUGGAGAGUUCAUUCACAGAGACAUUCAUUGCAAUGGAGUUGUACAAUGAGUACAACGAGCCACUGCUUCAGUCCUUGGUUGGGGCCUACCUGAUGGUGGGCGUGUCCACACAGGCCAUCACACACUACGACACUGUGCUCAUGAAGGAUGGUCUGAUCAACGUUCGACGAUUCAAUCCCAAAACAAUCGCACAGCUGUUCCACCUCAGUCUGCUGGAGGGCAAUGAGCCGCGCGCAACUCAGAUCAUCAACUCAUACUGUCUCGGUCGUCCCUUGGAUUUCCUUCGCGAGGAGCUCGAUUUGAUCAGCCAGGUCGACACUGAUGUGCGCACCGUGGAAACAUUCAAUCAUAUUGUGGGUACUGUGUACCAGAUGCCCAACCUCUCGCCUCACGAUCGCUCAUCAUUCAUCAUCGACUAUGCCAACUGGGUCGGCGUGGACAAGUCAAUGUUGUUUAGAAUAUAUGAUCAGUGGUCACGCGGAGAACACAAGUUCCCCACGCACAAGCUCCUGUUGAAGGCACGAUCCACUGGCAACACAUCAAUCGCCUCAGUGUUCUUUGCCAUGAUCGUCGAGAAAAAGACUACCAUCCCCAUCGGCAGCACACAGCUGUUGCUGCAGUUGUUCACCGACCACGACAUGAAAGAGGAUGUCGAGCGAGUACUCAACUACAUCACUGCCUACGACUCGCCCUUACUUAUGUACGACGCCGCGCAACUGGUUGUCUACAACGACAGCGUGGGCAACACAAAGCUGUUGGGCAUGCUCGAGGAGCACCUCACCCUGCUCACGCCCUUUGGCAUGGACCUCAAGUCCAACCACAUCAUCGAGGUGUUCCUGCACUUUGACCUGUACCACCGUUCACUCGACUGGCUUAGCAGGCGCCUGCUGCGACUGCAUCUGCCCAUGCACAACCAUACCACCUCCCUGUUUGAAAUAUACCAUACCCACCAGGAGAAGAAGCUGCGAGCCAAGCUGUCCACGCUGGAGCCAAACUCUCCAGAUCACGCGCUUACUAAACGUGAGCUGGACUGGCAGACCAGACUCGCGCAAUAUUGGGGCACGUCUGGACUGGGCGUAAACAGUGUGCCCAUGGCGAGGCGCUACGAGAAGUACCAAGACAAGCGCGCAAUCUCUCACAAAUCGCACAUCCAUCAGAUGUUGACGGGCAACGAAAUGCCGUCCAAGCCAACAGAUCCCAAUGACACACGACUGCGCGACAUCAUCAACAAUGAUAAAACAUCAUAUCAGAGCAUCAUUGAGCAUCUCGACAAGCACUAUAAAGAUGGUCAUCUGCCGGCUGGCGACCUCUUGAUCCGGGCGCACUUGACAUUGGUUCAGCGCAUGCCCCCAUUCGACUACCUGGGGUACAGGAACAGACUCCCGCGAAACGUGCGCGCACUCACAAUGUUUGCCCGUCCAUACCACGCGGCGAUACUGUCCGACUUUAACAAAGCGUUCGCCUACCUGCAAAAGGAAGAGUUCCUGUUGGUCUACCACACACGCAGGAUAUGGGAGUCUUUGAUCGAGGGCAUGAUCACCACUGGGCGCACUAAAGAGGCCCAGUCCAUCUUUUACAACAUGAUCGAUGACAAGAAGAUGGUCCCAUCAAUUGCCCUGCGAAACAAACUGGCGCUGCACCUGCUGGAAUGUGGGCAACACGCUGAGGCACUGCAGCGCCCCGGUCUGUACGAUCAGAGCAACGAGUACCUCAACUGCCAGCUGGCCAACUUGAUCCACACGGGCCAGCUGGACGAGGCCGAGACGCUGCUGGCCACAAUGGACAAGAGGCCGCAUCACACACUGGUCAACGGCAUCCACCUGCUGUCCAAGAAGUAUGGCGUCGAGCAGGGCGCCGAGCGCAUCCAUCAGAUGUUCUCCAAGGUGCACGCGCACCGCAUCAAGUUCAACCUGCCAUUCAUGCGCUGGCUGACCGUCGCUGGAACAAAGGAAUUGUUGCGCAAGUAUGUCGAGAAGGAUCCAGAGCUGUUGCAAAAGAACACGGACGAGCGAUACAUCAACGAGUUGGUCGCUGCCAACAGAGCGGCAAGACAAGAGUCAGUCGACAAUGACAAGCUGAUACAAGAGCUGUUCAGUCUCAAGCCAGGCAACAACGGUCCUGUCCUUGGCGACCAAACCAGUCGAUCCAAGCGCAUCACAGAGAACAACCUCACCUUUAUCAGGAGGUACUUCCAACCACAGAUAGAGUCAAAGAAUUGA